AGCGAUUCCAACAUAUUCCGCGAAUUUCCACAAAAAAAAACAGAGAAAAAGAAUUCCUCUUUGGUUCGUCCAAAGCUCCAAACAGCAAUGGCGGAUCCCGAUCACCACCAGUGCGACGAGGAAGAGUUCUUCUCCGUGUGGGCGAUCCCUCCCGAUGAUCUCCGCAACAAGCUCAAGACCCUCAUGACCACCCUCCGCUCUGAGUUUGGCGGUGCCGAGUUCGAACCCCACGUCACUGUCGUGCGGGCACUCCGACUCCGCGCCGCUGACGCCCUUCGCCGCCUCCACUCCGCCGUCUCCUCCCUCAACUACUAUUCCGCCCGCGUCUCCUCUAUCUCUCGUGGCUCGUGCGUCUCUCUCCUCCUUGACCCCACUCCGGAGGUUGUGAAUGCGAGCUGCCACUGCCGCGCCCAUUUUGGAUACUCGAACUCCACUCCUUAUAUGCCGCAUCUGAGCCUGCUCUAUGGGGAUUUGACGGAAGAGGCGAAGGAGAAGGCGAGGGCGAGGGCUGAGGAGCUUGCCGAGGGGAUAGUUGGUACAACGUUUGAUAUUUCAAAGAUUGCUCUUUUUAAAACGGAUCCUCAGGACACGAGCUUAUGGGAAAAGGUUGCAGUGUGUGAACUGCUGAAAGAUAAGUGAUUUAUUUCGCUUGGACUAGUUAAUGAGAUGUGGUUGUUUGAUGACGCAUGUUCCUUAUUGGGUAACAUGUGGUCUGAUAUCCACCGCUAACCUUUUGGUUUUUGGUGUGGUGUUUGUGAUUGAUAGUGGUGAAAUUGUGAGAAUAUGUACUGUUUGUUAUGAUUCUCUGUUAUUAAUGUUUUGCUUAUAUUGUAGCUCGUAUUCCUGAUCAAGUUCUUUUGUCUGAAAGUGGAGCACUAUGGUUUCUACUGAUGCAUUGCCAAACUUGUGUUCUUCAAGAUUGAUAGAAAUUGCAAGAUGUUGCGUUGUUUAUUGAGAUGCUCUGGUAGCAUUUAUGUUUUUGUUUGACUUUCUUGGCAACCAUAUUGAGCUCUCUUGUGUGGAAGUGUAAGACAUUGGCUUCUAAUAAUGUGCUGUUGUUAAA